UACCGAUCAAAUGGACCGAACAUGGAAAUUCAAUCUCACUUACGCAGAUAGCCUUUUGGAAAUCGCGAAGGGACGAGUCGCGUUGAAUCCUCUCCGAUUAAACGUUCGUUAAGACACCUUUUUUUUUCCUCCUCCCCCCUCCUUCAUUCUUUCUCUGUUAUUGCAUCCGUAUGGGGUGUACGAUCGAAAUCCUUUUUCCAGUAUAUUUAUUUUAAUGGCAGUCGUACACAUGCGGUGACUAUGGUACGAACGGAGUUGACAGGUGCCUGGACAAAAAAGCGUGGUCGAGAGCGGGCAUAGUAUGUAUAAUGUAAGCAUAGAGGGCUGGCAGGCCACAUGUGCCACUCUAUCACUUAUCUACCCGUAAUAUGACGUAUAACCCGACCAUAAGAUGCAACUGUGAACGCAUGCGUGCAUAUAUGUGUGCGUGCGUAUUCGUGAGUGCAGCAGUCAAGAUGUACAGUACAUACUGUAUACACGCAUUUAUACAUAUACAAGGGUUGAGCAGAAGGAUGCACGAUUGCGCUUCUGUGUGCGUUCGCUUGGAAGAAACAGAGGACAUUGCGACUUUCGAGGAUCACGAUGUCGCGAGAAUCGCUAUGGAAUCAUAACAACGCGUUUUGGAUUGGCCAGUCAACGAACCAAGUACGAUAGUCUACCUUUUUUUAUUCUUGCUUGGCUCGUUCCGACUUCCUCUUACGAAUUAAUGCGAACUGGCAGACUUGGCGAAACGAGCUGUGAUCUUUUGUAAACUUACGACGUAGGUCGAACCUGUGUAAUCGCGGAACAGAUUUUUUAGGAGAAAUUCACUUUAAUAGAAGAAAGAUAUUAAUUAUCUAUAGACGUCUGUAUGGACUGAAUUUACUUUGGCAAUUUAAAAAGAUGUACGAGAAUAACCUUAUAUACGAAGAACCGAGAUAUACAAAGAUACUCAGAUUCUUUAACGUGACUAUAUAUGACAAGCUACGUAUGUCAAUUAGAAAGUAUCGCGCAUUUUGCUCUAUCGUACUUAAAAGAAUGCAAUACAUAAGAAAAGUUUGGUAAUGCAAUAAGAAUAAUAUAUAAUUUUCUACGAGUUUGCGUGCUGUCCUCCAUUCGUACUUUUAUAUUUAGAUAUUAGUCGUAGAUACAUUUGAAGAGAAAUUAAAAAGUCGAGCAUAUUCGAUCUAUUAAUUUUUAAUUUUCCUCGUACCUUUAAAUUCCUCGUAUUCCCUGGUAUACUUUAAACCGUUUCUCCGAGCAAUCCAAAUUCCUAUAUAGUUUUAGGAAACCACGAAAUGACAAAUCUUUCCUCAAAUCUGCUUCCUCGUCCCUUUCACAACCGAGUUUCAACUUGUUUCCACAGCUUCGAAUACAGACAGCUGUUAUUUUAAAUUGACCAAGGAGAAGCAAACGAAACUUGAAUUUUGUUCAGUUUCAGAAUGGCAGGCCAUUCUUUAACUAACAAGACCAAUACAGCGUAUAGUAUACGAAACACGGAGCGUGAGAGGGUUAACAUAAUGGAAAUAAUUUCAGAAACUUUAGGUACAUCCAACAUGCGCAAUUCCAUUGGCACGCCCUUAAACUUACCAAAAGCUUGAAACAACUAGCGACGGUUACCCUAAUCCGGCGUAAAGUAUUCGAAACAUAAGCAACGCAAUACUCAAUGAAGAGUGCCAACGAUAUCAAGCGCAUUUAUACGAAAGUCCGAGAUGCAAUGAAGGAGGAGGAGGAGGAGAAGGAGGAGAACGGGGAGGUCAGUGAAAUAAUAGUAGACUGUAAUAGGAGGAAGGAGUGAACGACUUGCCCUCAUGUGUGCGCGCGAAGAAGCUGUUGUUAAUAAGUGACGCGUGUGCGGCAGCUGGUUUUACGUUUUUUGCCUUGCACCCGAUUCUCGGGGUUCGAGCGACGAAAGAUCGGUCUAAGCACCCCUUCUCCCGCCACUUUCACCGUUUCUAUCUUUUGCCCGAGGCCCGAUGCACCUCGACUUGGAAUAUUCCUUAACAGAUUUUUCAAAGAGAUACCGAUCGCCAUGCCACGUCCAACUACCGAAUCGCUUUUCGGCGUCAAUGACCGGUUAAAGAUAAACCCUGCACUCUGGAUAACUGUAAGGAAUACUUUGAGAAAGAUGUUCGCUCGUAGAAAAUUAAAGCUCGCAUACGUUUGAUUAAUUUGAUUAAUUUUCAGCGAUCUCUUGGUAAUUUAUAAAAGUACGAUGUCGGGUAACGACGCGAAAGGAUGAAAGAAACGUGUACAGACACGCGUACAUGCAUAAGUACAGGCAUAACGUAAUCUAUACUUUAGUAGAAAGUUAAUUUGUAAACCGCAACCAACUCGCCGAUUCUCAUCCGCAACAACCCCGUAGUUUCGUGCACCGCCAUCCCGAUUCAUGGAAGAUCCGUCAAACAACUACCACCACCACCACCACCACCACCUCCACAAUUCCACGCCCUCCCAUACAACGUCGGCUUCUUUAACCACGAAACCAAUACCGAUCGAUCCUGUUCAGGAAGCAACCAAGGGAUCCCGAUCGAUUAAUCGCGCGAAUGAAAAGGCAUUCAGGCAACGCUAAACAACGGAUGACGCAAUCUGAUAGCAGUUCGUCAGCCUCGAAGACAAUCCAUCGGUUAUAAUCGUUCGAACGAUCUAAGAAGAGACAAAAACGUCCCGUGGAAGACGAAUUCGAAGGAGCAACAGCGAGGAAAAAGGGAGACGACAGACGCGCACGCAGAUGUGUCGUGCCACCCUGAAACCGAUGAGGUCGAGGCAAGUGCAGAGAAAUGCACAAGUGCCGGACGAUCUUCUCUUCUCCUCUUCUUAUUUUUCUUCUUCUUCUUCUUCUUCUUCUUCUUCUUCUUCUUCUUCUUCUUUGCUUGCACGAGGGAAACGAAGCACGGCCACGCGAGUGGGCGGCGCGUACCCUUCUCGAAGAUUUCUUUCCUUGCUACUGGCGCAGGGAUGGAGGGGAUCCUCCGUGUCGUCCGCUGGAAGAGCACUACGAUGUCUUGUCCUGGCUGAUAGUCGUCGUAGUGACUCGGGAACGGGUGUAGCCGAGCUAUCUUCAGGAUUAGAUAGGCGCAAAGUGUCCAGGCGUUCGUUCGGCCACCCUGUAGCCGCUCGAUUCUUCCUCGUCGCGAUCAAGAUCGCGCCAUCGCGCGUGACGCGUAGACCUUGACAAGUGAUAAGCUUAUCACGUUGGAAGAGUCGUCGACGAUCUAUCGAAGAAGAAGUUUUCUGCGGCACGCUCGGUGUCCGCGGAGUUUGUUUGGGGAGUCUGAUCGGUCAGGCGGAUCUCUUUCAGGUUGCAGCGACAUGCAUCUCGAAGAUUACCACGCGAACAGAAACGAGGAGGACGUGCAACGGGCGGUUUCCAAGAACAUGAAACAGGAGGCUUUCGACAGUUUGCACCUAGCACCUAUCGCGACCAUAAACACCGGCGAUCAAUCCUGUUGGAUCGCUUCACACGCAGACAGCGUCUCCUCUCCCGUUUUGCCAAACAAUUUCAGUCCCAGGGAAUACACGGACUGGGAGCAACUCACGACCGUCUUUCAGUAUCCCUGUCAACCGUAUUCGUCGUCCACGGACAGGUCGCCAGUAAGCACAGGUAGCGAAGCUACCACGCCAACCUGGAACAAUGUCGUUCGCAGUGAAGCAUCGGACUGUACCAACAGCCAAAGAUUACCUUCCGUUGGUUCUGCAUUUUCUUUCUCAAGAACUUUCUGUAAUACGAUCUAUCCAGAGUACCAGGGAUAUCAGGAUUACCAGGAGUAUCAGGACGACGUAUCUUUGGCCUCUUUGCCUCUCGUCCUUCAUAAUCAAACGGAAGAUCAGGUGUUCAAUGGUUCCAUGCAGGCAGCCACGGAUGAAUUCGAUCUUAGUUUGAUCAGAGGCGAUCCUACGUCUUUGUUAAGCAACGUGGAGUCUCCUUCAUCCCCGUCGUCCACCUACGUGGAAGAGCUUCAGGAUCCGUUUUCUAACCUGAAUGGAUCUUGCUACGCGGUUGGACACUUGGUGUCCGGCCAGCAAACCUGCGUUUCCACCAUGAACUUUGUCAACGAUACUGGAUUGAACGAUGGAUUUGCGAAUCAGGUUGUUCUGCCCAGGAACGAAGGAUUGUUGCUGACCGAUAGAAGAGUGCCGGUGUCCAAGCCUGCGAGUGAUACGGAGACCCGAGGCAAAUCUUUCGACUGUUCAAUGACAGACGACAACUUUACGUCGACGUAUCAGUGCCGAUGGAUAGACUGUGGCUGCGCUUUCGCCGAACAAGAGGGUCUGGUUCGACAUAUCGAAAGAAGACACGUGGAAUCCUCGUCGUCGAACGCGCAUGGACACGGAAGACGAGUUCAAAGGGACAGAGACAAGGAUAAAGACAAAGAGGGAGAGGGUUACACUGGUUCCGUAAGCGGCCAAGAUGAAUUCGCUUGCCUCUGGCAAGGAUGUCCGCGUGCUCGGCCUUUCAACGCCAGAUACAAGCUACUGAUUCAUAUGAGGGUCCAUAGCGGAGAAAAGCCUAAUAAGUGUCCGUUCACCGGAUGCAAGAAGGCGUUUUCACGAUUGGAAAACCUGAAGAUUCACCAAAGAUCUCACACAGGAGAAAGACCAUACGCCUGUCAGCAUCGCGGUUGCUCCAAAGCGUUCAGUAACAGCAGCGAUCGUGCAAAACACCAGAGGACUCAUUAUGACACGAAACCGUACGCGUGCCAGGUUACCGGAUGCGGGAAAAGGUACACAGACCCGUCGAGUCUCAGGAAACACGUGAAAAAUCACACGGAACCAACGACGCCGCUGUCCAACUUGUCAUUGACAUCGGACAGCAAGGCUUCAGGUAACGCGACUAAAAGUUCAAGCAACUCGCGGCACGAUCCCAUUUCUACCAGUUCGAGGCAACAGCAGCAACAACAAGCACGAACGGCGAUCGUUUACACCACGGAAUCGAAUUAUCGAACGUAUAAGACUUCGGACGAGACUUACGCGGACGAGGACGCGGACCUGUUCCAGACGAAUCUAUGUCAGGUCGAUAGGAUUUCCAUGAACCUUGACAGCAAUCAAGAGUACGUGCCGAUCGAAUCUGUGAAACGCUUUCUCAUCGACGAUGUCAGCGCGUCAGGAUCGCACGUGGACGGUGCAGGGUACCAGGUCGAGGAUGAAGUGCCUGACUUCCAAGAGCUCGGUUCCGAUAUCGAACAACAGUUUCUCGAGCUAAGCAACCUCGACGACGCGGUUUUCAUCGACGGUUGAGAAGCGUGUUUAUUACAAGGAGAAGGAUCGAAGAAGACUUCGCGGUGAAUUACGCGCCAUAUUUCCAAAGACUUGUUUCCAUUUCUUUUUGUAUUCAAUUUUUAUACGCUUUCGCUCGAUUAGAUAAAUUUCAUCGACAGAUAUAUUUUUGUACAUAGGCCAUUGUAUAUAUCAUUAAAUACACGAUUUUGAUUAUUACGUCCGAUGUUAUCUC